UUCUGACCUUUUAUUCACCGGCAGCGGAGACAGUGAUGAAAUAAUUAUUAGUCUUUCCUCUAAUUGACUGUAAAAGUAGAUUCAUACUAUACGCUUUGUUCCACACCAGCUUCUAACGGCCACUCAGACUGCCUGCGGAUGAUGAUCGAUUACGGGGAGGAGGGGGACCUCACCAACGUGGCGGACAAAUUUGGCCAGACCCCUCUGAUGCUCGCCGUCCUGGGGGGUCACACUGACUGCGUCCACUUCCUGUUGGAGAAAGGAGCUCUGCCCGACGCCAAGGACAAGAGGGGCAGCACGGCCCUGCACAGAGGGGUGGGUACAUCAUCAUCAUCACCAUCAUCAUCAUUUACUUUUAAAAAUUCUAAUUGAGCUUGCCGUUCUAAGAUCAAAUGGUUUUGGGCGAUAUAGAAACAGAAAGCAGCCUCUCCAGUUUGAAUGCACUCUAGGUACUUUUAUGGAUCUAAGUGUCCUUGCUGGUUGAUCAAAUGAGAGACAGUCACUUCAAUAUGUUGGGGCACGGUUAUGUAAAGCCUUGUAAAUCAUUAAGGACACUUCCAUCGAUGUGUUUCACCUUAAUACUCCCUACAAAACAAAGUAGUGUGGCUAAGCUAGCUCGAUUAGCACCUGCCUGGUGAUUAAAGAGUGUUCAGUAGGUUUCUGUGUUAUCGUAAGCAUCUGGACUCGUAAGCAAAUGUAUGACUUCUCUGAGAAUAUGGGAUUUAGAUUUUUCUGACCAAAGAAAUCCUGUAAAUUCUCAAUUUGAAUUUCAGGAAUGUUGAGUUUUUUCUUGGAACAUUACUCCCUCAGCUCUUUAAUCAUUCAUAUAUAUUAUUUUGUUUUACAUUGACCCCAUUAAGUCCUUGUAUAUUGCCCUGUCAGCAAAAAAUAUAAAUAUAUUAUUGGUAAUUUUAAGUGUCAAAACACAACAGAGCCCUUUGCAAACUAGGCCGUGUCUCCUGGACAGUUCUAACGUCAAG